AUGAAAGAAGACCCUCCACUUGAUGCCAAAUGCCGCGAUAAGUUUCUGGUCCAAUCUGUUGCCGUCUCCGCCGAUAAGGAGUUCUCGAAUGUUGCCUCUAUUCAGUGGCAGGAUGUUGAAAAGAAGUCCAAAUCUCUUAUUCAAGAGCGCAAAAUCCGGGUCAACUUCCUACCAAGUGACGACUCGCAUACCAAUGGAGUGGAGCCUGAUUCCGAGCCACAUGCCCAGUCUUCUCCCCAUGCGCCUCAGUUUACCACCCCGGUUGUGCAGCGCACCGUUGGUAGUGGCCCCACACCUCCUAAAUCCGAGGAUAUGAAGCAUGAAAGCCCGCCCGAGCCAUCAUCUGAGCCGACCAACACUUUCGGCAUGGCUACUUCCUCUACUCGCGUUGAGCCCUCUCAAUCAAGUGACGACCUUUUGUCCUCCCAAUUAGCGGAAGCAAGGCUGCAGAUCAAACAACUACAACAGCAGAUAGCCGAUAACGAAGUGAGACAGAGAAAGAAGCCUGUCGAAGGUGGAGAACUUUCUACAAACCAAUCUUCUCUCAAGCAAGCACAACCUCCUACUCAAUUGGCUGCGGCGGGUGGUGUCCCUUUGCAAGCCGUGGCUGGUCUCUGUCUUCUCAGUUUCUUGCUAGCGUACAUCUUCUUCUAG